AUGGACGCCGCAAAUCAACUUUGCAAACUUUUUGUUGGUGGAUUGAACGUAGAUACCGACGAUGACGGGCUCCGCAAGCAUUUUGAGCAGUACGGUCAACUGACCGACUGCGUUGUGGUUGUGAAUAAGCAGCUACAGAGGUCCCGCUGUUUCGGCUUUGUUACCUACUCGAGCGGGGAGGAGGCUGAUGCAGCAAUGGCGGCUAGGCCACAUGUCGUUGAUGGCACCAACGUGGAGUUGAAACGAGCGGUCGCUCGCGAAGAUGCCGGUAAACCCGAGGCACUCGCCAAGGUCAAGAAAAUAUUCAUUGGUGGACUGAAAGACGACAUCGAAGAUGAACAUCUGAAUGAUUAUUUUUCCCAGUUCGGCGAGAUCGAGAAGGCCGAAGUUAUCGCGGAGAAGGAAACCGGAAAGAAAAGGGGAUUCGGCUUUGUUCACUUCACCGAUAACGACUCCGCCGACAAGGCAGUGGUUGUAAAGUUCCACACCAUCAAUGGGCACAAGGUGGAAGUGAAGAAAGCCCUCACCAAGCAGGAGAUGCAAGCUGGUGGUGGUGGCAGGGGAGGAAGAGGGGGGAGAGGCAUGAGAGGAGGACAAAAUGGCUUCGGUGGCGGCAGAGGUGGUUACGACAGCUAUGGGGGCGGUUUCGGUGGGGGCUACGGGGGCAAUAGCGGCGGAUAUGGCGGUGGCUACGGAAGUGGAGGCUAUGGCGGUGGUUAUGGAGGCGCAAGCUACGGAGGUGGCUACGGCGACCAGAUGGGAGGUUAUGGUGGCGGCAAUGGCUACAGUGACUUUGGCAGUGGGUACAGCCAGCAGACCUCCGGGUAUGGGCCCAUGAAAGGCGGCAACAACUAUGCCGGUAGGAGCCCUGCUCCAUACGCCCCCAGAGGCGGUGCCGGUGGCUACAACAGAGGGGCUUAUGGCGGUUACUAGACCCGUGGCUACGACAGACUAUUUGCAAAGAAAUCUCUUACACCCUCAACGGUCGGAUCGGACGACAUCAAACAGAACUAAAAAAAAAUCAGUCAUCGGGCAUCUGCCAUAAAGCAUCUGGCAAAAUGCCGACACUGUGAAACCUAAUCAUUAAGAAGACCUCAAAACCAAACAGGUAGGAAGAUGACUUCCGACCCAGAACCUGAUUAGCACGACCAGCUGUUGCUGUAGGAAAAGUUCGAUUUCUCAUUUAUGUUCCAAGUUGAGGGCGUGUAGCUGUCGUUAGUUGGCCUGCUUUUUUUUAUUUUAUUAUAGUUUUGCGUACAUUCGUUUAAGUUUAGUCAAGGAUUGUUUUGUUUGAUACUAUACUUUAUCUUAUCUACAUUAUAAACAAUUAGUUCCGAAUUUCCCUGGGAUCUAAUCUUUUUUUCAAUGUAUUGGGAAUGGGAAGCAUGUGCUAUGGAGUUGUAUUUAUUCGCUAUGACUCUGAUGUAAAUUUGUAUUCUAUCCACUACUAGCCUAUAGGUUGUAGGUGACGCAUAGGUGGUGGGGCGGAUCCAGUUUAAACGUUUCAUUCUUCUUGACAAUGUUUUGUAAAUCAACGAAGUACGUCACAGUAAUUUCCCAACACAUAGCGUCCAGUUAUCAGCUUAAUGUUCCUUUCAUUUACUUCAGCAAUAUCUCAUGUAUAUUGUAUAAUCUGUCUGAAGAUCAAACUACAAUUGUUAAGCAUUGGUAUGGAUAUGUAUGUUCAUUUUAAAUAAAAAGUUAAACAAACUUAGCUAGUUAUUUUACUCAUUUUACCAGGAUGCCUUAAAUGGAUAGUUCGGGGAUUUUUACAUAGCUUGAUCUACUUCCUCAGGGUCAAAUAAUGUAUACCACUUGUAAUCGUCAGCGUCCAGUAUGAAGGAAGUUGGUAGUAUCGAGCGCCAAUACUUAACUAUUGCGCCAACGCUAGUUAGCAACUUCCAUCAAACUGCACGCAGGUGCAUAAAAAUGGUAUCUACGAGUUCAUCUGACUGGGGAAGUAAAGGGCCGCGUUGCCAAAAUCCCGAACUAUCCGUGUAAGUCUACUUCUGAUUGGUUAUAUUAUGUGACUUAUUUUAAUAUAUUUAAUACUAGCUUCAUGGCAUUUCUUUCAUUGCUCUUCCCAGCUAAGGGGUGAAGAAUCGAUUGCAGUUAAGUUUGCCCAUGGCCAAUGCAUGGAGGCUUUGUUGGUUGGCAAUAACAUAUUGUUCCAUAAAGUUAACAGACUUUUAACUUGUGGACCUGAGGGCUCUCAUAUUUAUCUUUGAUUCCUACAUUUAGGUGUUCAUACUGUUAUCCAAGUACGUCAACAUAGCAGUAGCAGUUUGACUUUAUACAGGGACCCUGUUCUAUACCUGGGGUCGAUUGUCAUAGGACUCUGAAAUAUCUCUUUAGGAUCACAUCAGCAAACUAGGUAUGUAAAUCAAACUGUCUUCACUAUGUGUUGGUCAAGUAUUAAAGAUAUGGAUUUGAAAUGGUACUCAACCGUACUGAUUAGGAUUCAUUUAUUGAUCGUCUUUGCAUUUAUCAAUAGUUGCUCUUUAGCCUUAUGCAUCUUUAGUUUUAAGAGGGGAUUUUACUGCACUUACUUGGUCCUAAAUAAUCUAAAAUAAUGGGCUGAGGAGACUAAGUGCACUUCCUACAUUAAUGCAAAUAUAUGGAAUGGCACAUGGUGUUACCUCCUGACUUGGCUUGACGUAUUUAUCGGCACUGUCUCAUUCUUUACCCUUUUCCUCUCUCCUCCAGGUAGCCAUGGUGACCUGACUGCCAGGACACCAAUCUGGCAAAGCCGUGGUUUCCUUCAAGACCUUGGGGGGGACUGCAGCAAAGGCUGUCCCACUGCCACGGGUGAUUUGGAACCCCUGGACAUUCUGCCUAAUGUGCACAUACAAAAUCUAUUGUAUUUACCAGGUUGCAAUGAUGGCCAGUGGGCUUAUUCUAGUCAAGCUAGGUGGUUGAUGUAAUUGACUUGUUCUGUUCUUAUCUGUUGUAGGAAAGUUGGGCAUGAAUGUUAGAUCAUCGCAUACUAUGGAAAGAUGGACACCAAUGAUUACCUUGGCAUGCUUAUUUGUUUCAAUUUAAAUAAAACUAUUUUUUUAAAGAUUGACUUUGUUUUAUUGGAACAGCUACAAUGGGUUUGAAGGAACAUUGUUGCAUGGUAGUUUUGCCCUAGAAUUGCACUUACACUUCCAAUGUUUUUAAAUAAAAUUUAUGCUAUGUUUGGACAUGCAUCCCAAUUCUAUUUGUCCACUAUUUGGUAUUUUGAGCAAUCUCAGCUUUUUUUAGUUUAAUAGUCGCAUGUACGGUGUUGCAGGUGUAAUUGCAGGGUACAGUGAAUCUUAAACUCUGCGCUCCAACAAUGCAGGUCAAAUUGAAAUGGUGAUAGUCCUGUGUAACUCAGUUGGUAGCGCAUGGUGUUAGCAAUGCCAGGGUUUGUUUCCCACGGUGGACCAGUAUGUGGGGGGAAAAAUUAUGCACUCUAAGUCGCUCUGGAGAAGAGCUUCUGCUGAAUGACAAAUGUAAAUAAAUUAUCAGAAUUGGGUUGCCUGUCUUAACAGUCAUUGAUGCACAUUUACGCCUAAACUAGUUCAAAUUAAAGUUUUUCAAAUCUCAACCACAAUGUUGAAAUGGGUCCAUGUUGCAUGGCAUCUGCAGUUGUAUGCCUCAAGCCUGACAAUGGGAAAUAUGGACACCAUACAGUGCCCUUUUUGUGACUGACUUCUCGAGCUGGCUCCAUUACAGGUGGUGUAUGUAAUAUGGGUUCUUGGCAUUGGACCACUUUUGAGGUGUAUUCGACAGGGUAGAAUUUUCAGAAAAUGACAUCGGGAAUACCUUUUCUGAUUUCUACAUAUGAUUAAAACCUAACCCCAAACCAUUAUCCUACAUGUCCUAUUAUCUCUUGCCCUCAUCACAUCCCAGGGCAUGUUACGCAUGUGGACGUUGGUGAUAGACGUCAAACCUGUCAUGAAUAGACGGCUAACUUUUUCUUAUUCUACCUGUAUAAUUUUUAGGCAAAAUUGAUUUCUAUAUGCAAAUUCAACAACAUUGUGACCUGCUGAGCAGUGCCAGGAUUAUCUGUAUGUCAUGUAAUGGUCUAUCCCCUUAAUCUUUCUUUACACUCACACUAAUCCUGUGUGGCUCAGUUGGUAGAGCAUGGCGUUUCCAACGCCAGGGUUGUGGGUUUAGUUCCUACAGGGGACCAGUAUGAAAAAUGUAUGCAAUCGAUCUGGAUAAGAGUGUCUGCUGAAUUAAUUUAUUAAAGAUGGCUAUUUUUUCACACUUGAACGUGCAAUGCCAGUCUUUUAAUGGUUAGGGGAAAUAAAGGUGUAACAGAUGUAGUUCGGAAAGAAAGGUCGUCCACAAUCUGAGGAGCAUCAACCAAAAAUCAUUGGCAUCAAUCGUGCUUUAAAUGCACACAGCAGUGUCAUGAUGUGCUAGAACUGACAUGAGUGGACACGAAUGACUAGAGUACUGAUGUGAAAAAGACCUGGAUUAGUGAAAGAAAAUUCUAAGUAGAUAAUGGAUAUUCAGAUCAUUGCAUAUAAAGAGGAGAUUGUAUGAAACGAGAAGGAUAAAUGUACGAAUUAUGAGAAUGGCUAUUUGAAUAAAAUGAGGUGGGAUUUGAGUGGAACAACCAAUCAGAACUGUUGACGUAUUUUCCAAACCUACGUCAGACGUCAUUGCGUCGCCGGUAGCUUCUUUUAAAGCGGUGCGAUUUUGUCAGGUUAAAUUUUAUUUGCUGUAAAACAACUCUGCUAGUAAUCAUGACGAACCAACUUUGUAAGCUGUUUGUCGGUGGAUUGAACGUCGAGACUACAGACGAUGGCCUUCGUCAACAUUUCGAGCAGUAUGGCCAGUUAACCGACUGCGUAGUGGUCCAGAACCAGCAGCUACAAAGAUCCCGCUGUUUCGGCUUUGUAACCUACUCAAGUGCGGAGGAGGCCGACGCAGCCAUGGCCGCCAGGCCACAUGUCGUCGAUGGGACCAACGUGGAAUUAAAAAGGGCCGUUGCUCGUGAAGAUGCCGGUAGACCAGAGGCACUCGCCAAAGUAAAGAAAAUAUUUAUCGGUGGGCUGAAAGACGACAUCGAAGACGAACAUCUGAAUGACUAUUUCUCUCAGUUCGGCGCAAUUGAGAAGGCCGAAGUCAUCAGCGACAAAGAGACUUUCAAAAAAAGGGGGUUCGGCUUUGUCUACUUCGAAGAUAAUGACUCUGCCGACAAAGCGGUGGUGCUGAAGUUCCACACCAUCAAUGGGCACAAAGUGGAGGUGAAGAAGGCCCUCACCAAACAAGAGAUGCAGUCAGCCGGUGGUCGUGGUGGCCGGGGAGGUAGAGGAAUGAGGGGGUCUCAAAAUGGCUACGACGGCGGAAGAGGUGGCGGCUACGGCAGCUAUGGCGGUGGCUAUGGAGGAAACGAUAGCGGCUACGGUGGAGGAUACGGCAACGGAGGUGGUUACGGUAACCAAGGGGGAUACGGAGGAGGUUAUGGUGAUCAAAUGGGGGGCAGUUAUGGUGGGAACGGUUACAAUGACUUUGGCGGAGAUUAUGGUCAGCAGUCUUCUGGUUAUGGUGCAAUGAAGGGGGGUAAUUAUUCAGGCAGGAGCGCUGCACCGUACUCCCGUGGAGGCGCCGGUGGCUAUGGCAGGGGUGGAUAUGGUGGUUAUUAGACACCGUUGACCUCUUAACCCCAAAAUUUGAAAUGUUCAGAAUUUCUGAUUCAAUGAACUGAAUUUACACACACGGGCCAGAGUGCCGUAUUUCUUUGUUGCUCCAAUUUAAAAGGACUCGCGCCCCUCACCCACCCUGAUUUAACCCCUAUCCUACUCCCUCCAUCUGGACUACACCAUUGUCCCUAGGCGGCGUUACUAAAGACAUGGACUUUUACCAGUUCAACUUUCUGACUUGUCAAUGUAGUUUCGUGAUUCUUUUAAACAUUUUUUUGUAUUAAAUUGUAGUUAACGUCCCUGCUUCAAGACUUUCCUAUGAUACUGUAUGUCAGGGGUGUCAAACUCAUUCCAUGGAGGGCCUAGUGUCUGCAGGUUUUUCCCUCCAUUCAAUUACGCCCUAGGCUUCAAAGUGUGGUGAGUUCUUCACUAAUUAGUGACCAUAAUUCAUCAAGUACAAGGGAGGAGUGAAAACACCAGACACUUGGCCCUCUGUGGAAUGAGUUUGACACCUGUGCUGUAUGUCCUUAGUACGAGCAAGGUUAAUAACAAGUCAAAUUGCUUUGCAACAUGAAACUCAGGGGUAUUAAUGGAGUUGAAAGCAGUCUUAGUGAAUGCUUGAGUGGUUUAAGAUCAAAAUAUUUUAAAGUAUUUUGAGGAAUUUAAAUAACUAUUAUGGUUAUUGUUUUUAAUGGUUACCUCCUAAAACUUUCCUCUGUCCAAUAUGUGCUGUUUAAUACCUUGUAAAUCAAUGCAGUUUUGUGGAAUGUUACUAAAAUCCUGAAUUAGUUGACUCGAGCAUCACUCCUUUGCCUGUAUUAAAGUUUUUUUAAUGUCAGUUUAACCAUGUGGUAUUUUGUUUUAUAAGGGAAGAGAGCCAGGUCAAGGGUUCAGAUUAUUCAGGAUCACUGUUCUAUCAUGAAGCAGUUGCACACCCUACAGACUGAAACACUAUCACUGGUUACUUUCCUGUUCAGGAAUAGACUAAACUGGCACCCUGUGGAAAAACUGGCCUACAGGCAUACAUUUUUUAAAGACCCUCCAGAAUUUCCUGUUCUGUCUACAACCAGUCUUCCUUGAGGGAGGAGUGACCAACAACGUAAUUGGAGGUAUGCAAGGCAAGACUGUUACACUACCAACGGGUGUCUUUUCUAAAACUAGGUCUCUGAAUCAAUGAGGGAUUUUUGGUUUAUAAUGAACAUUUGUACAGGGACUAGGGUUUUGCAGGUAACAUAUCCCAUGGCAAUUGACAAAUUUGUCUGACACUCAAUUUGUUUGGAUAGCAGUGAGGAUUGUGAUUUUUCUCAAGUACAUCUGAUAUACUUAAGCAAUAAAGCACGAUGGGGUGUGGUAUAUGGCCAAUAUACCAAGGCUAUGGGCUGUUCUUAAGCGUGACGCAACGCGGACCACAGCCCGUAGCCAUGGUAUAUUGGCCAUAUACCACAAACCCCCAGGUGCCUUAUUGCUAUUAUAAACUGGUUACCAACUUCAUUAGAGCAGUACAAAUACAUGUUUCCAUACCCGUGGUAUACCACUGCUGUCAGCCAAUCAGCUCGGGGCUCGAACCACCCAGUUUAUAAAACCUAUCAACACCCGGUUUUCUUGCUGCAUACAUUGCCAAACGUAAACGAGUCCGUAUAUCAUUCUAGGUUGUCCUGUUCAAAUUGAAAGAAAGUGGCUGACUUAAUUUAGAUUAUUACAAUGUGCCCGAUCAUUAGGUCCUUAUGAUUAUGGAAAGCUGCAAAAUACAUGUUAGCGUUUACCUUUUUGCUGGCAUGUAUAGGCCCAAUUAAACUACAAUUUACAAUAGCUCGCCUCUAGGAGGCUCGUAGACAUGUAAUCAUUACGUCGACGCCAACCAUUUGUCUACAUCCGCCAUUUUAGACACCGAGAGAAGGACCGUCAAAAGUCCAUGUGUUAACAUAGCCAGAUAAAUUGCAUCAAAGCGAGAUGGAAAAUCAACUCUGCAAGCUCUUUAUUGGUGGACUAAAUGUUCACACCACUGACGAUGGUCUUCGUAAACACUUUGAACAGUAUGGCCAGCUGACCGAUUGCGUAGUUGUUCAGAACCAGCAACUACAGCGGUCUCGCUGUUUUGGUUUUGUAACCUAUGCUACUGCUGACGAAGCAGAAGCUGCAAUGUCCGCGCGGCCUCAUGCCCUGGAUGGAAACAACGUUGAACUGAAAAGAGCAGUGGCACGUGAAGAUGCGGGAAAACCAGAGGCUCUGGCCAAGGUUAAGAAAAUAUUUAUCGGGGGUCUGAAAGAAGACAUCGAGGAUGAACAUCUGAACGACUACUUCUCUCAGUUCGGUACUAUCGAGAAGGCCGAGGUUAUUAGCGAUAAUCAAACUGGUAAGAAGAGGGGGUUUGGUUUUGUUUAUUUCGAAGAUUAUGAUUCUGCCGACAAAGCGGUGGUUCUGAAGUUCCACAAUAUUAAUGGCCAUAAAGUAGAGGUGAAAAAAGCCCUCACCAAGCAAGAAAUGCAGGCUGCUGGAACCCGUGGCGGGAGGGGAGGAAGGUUUCAAAAUGGAUACGGUGGUGGGAGAGGUGGUGGCUAUGGCGGAGGUUAUGGGGGCAGUGACGGCGGAUACGGCGUGGGGUACAGUGGUGGCUACGGGGGAAGCUAUGGCGACCAAAUGGGUGGAUACGGUGGGAACGCCUACAGCGACUUUGGAGGUGGCUAUAGCGAGCAGUCAUCUAGUUAUGGCCCCAUGAAAGGUAAUUACUCGGGCAGAAGCAGCGCUCCUUACACCCGAGGUGGUGGUGGUGGUUACGGCAGGGGGGGGUACGAUGGCGCAUAUUAG